AUGGGUGCUUUCAGGAGGUGGCUAGAUGACUUUAAGCCCGCUGAUCGGGGGAUUGGGAAAGAAGUAAAUUAUGUUGGAGAAUUCUCCUCCGAGGAUCACAAGCACUUGGAUACCAAAGAAGCCUUGGGAAAGGAUGAAUACACAAAUACUACAGUCGCGGUGAAAACCGAAGAUGGCGGCGUUGCUUUGAUACCUGAAGAAACGGGACUCAAGCGCAAUCUUAGCGGACGUCAUAUCCAACUCAUUGCCCUAGGAGGGAGCAUAGGAACGGGUCUUUUCAUUGGUUCCGGCCAAAACCUUGCUACGGGUGGACCUGGUUCGCUAAUGCUUGGUUUCAUCAUUGUUGCCGUUUGCGUGAUUCUUACUAUGCUUUCAUUGGGUGAACUCGCUGCUGUUCUUCCUGUGUCUGGCUCAUUUUGCACAUAUUCUGUCAGGUUUCUCGACCCAUCUUGGGGCUUUGCUAUGGGUUGGAACUACUGGCUUCAAUGGCUCGCUGCCUUUCCUUUGGAGGCUACUGCAGUCACAAUUGUUAUAUCAUUUUGGGAUAAAGACGAAACUGUGCCUCGAGGCGUCUGGGUAGCAAUCUACUUGGUUCUUAUGAUGUCGAUCCAUCUCAUUGGUGUCCGCGGCUACGGUGAAUUUGAAUUCUUGGCUGCAUUAAUCAAGAUUCUUGGCUGUCUUGGCUUUAUAAUUGCUUGCAUCGUCAUUGAUGUAGGCGGAAGUCCUCGAGGUGAAUAUCUAGGCGCACACUCAUGGCACCAUCCUCCUCCUUUCUUGAACGGAUUUAAAGGAUUCUGUUCUGUUUUUAUUACUGCUGCAUUUGCAUACUCAGGCACAGAAAUUGUGGGAAUCGCUGCAGCAGAAUCUUCCAACCCUCGUAAAUAUAUACCCCGCGCAACAAAGCAAGUGGUUGGUCGUGUUCUGCUCUUUUAUAUUGUUUCUAUUCUUAUGAUCACUUUUAUUGUUCCCUCUGAUACCAAAAGUCUUAUGGGAGACAGCAAUGACCCUAGCAGUUCCCCCUUUGUGAUUGCACUGCAACAAGGCCAAAUCCAUGCUCUCCCUCAAAUUUUUAAUGCCAUUAUUUUGAUUUCUGCGUUGUCGGUCGGAAAUGCAUCUGUCUAUGGCGGAAGCAGGACGCUGCUUUCUCUCGCUGAGCUCGGUAUGGCCCCCAAAAUUUUCACAUAUGUUGAUCGUAAAGGGCGACCACUCCCUGCCAUGUUCGUUAGCUUCCUUUUUGGUUUAUUGGGCUUCCUGAUCUACGCCUCGGAUCCAAACACUAUUUUUGACUGGCUGCUGAGUAUUUCUGGUCUCUCCGUGAUAUUUUCUUGGGGAUCGACAUGUCUUGCUCACAUUCGUUUCAGGAAAGCCUGGCUUCUUCAAGGAAACUCCCUGGCUCAAUUGCCUUAUAAGUCACCAUGUGGCAUUAUUGGUGCUAUUCUCGGUCUUUUCUUGAAUAUCUUGAUUAUCGCUGCUGCCUUCUACAGUGGAGCAUGGCCUAUUGGCGAGGGCAAUAUGACUGGUAAUGAUCGUGCUAACUCCUUCUUCGAGAGUAUGAUCUCACUUAUUAUUGUUCUUGUCGUCUUCGGUGUACACAAGCUAUAUACACGCAGUCGCGUUGUGCACAUGAACGAGAUCGACGUCCAAACCGGGCGAAGGGACCCAGUCUCAUUGGAAGUACUCGAGCAGGAACGCGCGGAGGAACGUGCGAAGCCAUUCAUCCUGAAGCUGAAAGAUUUCUUCUUCUAA